AUGAUGGGAAGAGUCAAUGUUAGUUCUACAGAAGUCUUCAUCCUCCUUGGCCUCUCUACACGACCCUCCCUGGAACCUGUCCUUUUCAUACUUGUCUCUAUAUUUUAUGUGGUGUCUAUUGUGGGCAAUAGCGUCAUCAUUCUGGUCUCAUGCAUGGAUGUGCAUCUCCACACUCCCAUGUACUUCUUUCUCACUAACCUCUCCUUCCUGGACAUUAGCCUCAUCACGAGCAUUGUCCCACAACUCCUGGUCAACCUGUGGGGACCACAGAAAACCAUAAGCUAUGGAGGGUGUGUGGCCCAAUUCUAUAUCUCCCAUUGGUUGGGGGCAACAGAGUGUGUUCUCCUGGCAAUCAUGUCCUAUGAUCACUAUGCUGCCAUCUGCAGGCCACUACACUAUACUGUUAUCAUGUAUUCACAGCUUUGCAUAGGUCUGGCCUUUGCCUCAUGGCUUGGGGGUCUGAUCACCAGCAUGGUGGGCUCCACACUCACCAUGCUGCUACCACCGUGUGGGAACAAUCACAUCAAUCACUUCUUUUGUGAGAUGCCCCUCAUUAUGCAACUGGCUUAUGUGGACACCAGUCUCGAUGAAAUAGAGAGGUACCUAGCCAGUUUUUCUGUUGCUGUCUUGCCUCUGGGUCUUAUCCUGGUCUCAUAUGGCCACAUUGCUGAAGCGGUGUUGGAGAUCAGGUCAGCAGAAGGGCAAAGGAAGGCAUUCAACACCUGCUCUUCCCACGUGGCAGUCGUAUCUCUGUUUUAUGGGAGCAUCAUCUUCAUGUACCUCCAGCCAGCCAAGAACACCUCUCAUGAGCAAGGAAAGUUUAUAGCCCCCUUCUACACCGUAGUCACCCCAAUGUUGAACCCAGUGAUUUACACACUUAGGAACAAGGAUGUGAAGACAGCACUCAGCCAAAUUUUAUUAGAGAACUGCUGUGGUUUUGCAGGAAAAUGCGGGUAUACUUAG